AUGGAGUACAGGGUAUUUCAAUUUGGUAUGACUCCUAAGCAGCGUUUGUAUGGUGAAUGGAAUAGGCUUCCAGAAGGUUCCAGCAUCCCAACAACUUUAUUCGACCUGUACCUAUUACACCACUAUAUUCUAGUAUGGAUGAUUCACGGCGCAACGGAAGGCCUGGAUUCUGACGAGGAACAUUGGACCGACCGGUUGGUAGCACAAGGAAUUCCGGAAUACGAUGUUGUGUUUCUGUAUGCUGUUUUACAGCCCGAUCCAACUAAGCGGAUGACGGUUGACAAUAUCAUCGAAACAGUGUACCUAGAUGUCUACUAAGCCUACAACUUCUAUUCCAAAUUACAUUCCCAAACAAGCUUAUUAGGAUCAUCUGGAGCUUAGAAAAUAGGCUGUACCCUUGGAGGAAGCGACCACUCCAAUCCGAAUUUGAAGGCGUAUCCGCAGGUUCCUUCGGAGAAUUACAUUGGCAAUGGACGAAGCUUUGCCGGAAGAUAAUUAAUUGCCCAAUCGAC